ACAAGAUACACACCUACGGAAAGUGGUGAUGCAUCAUCUUUGGGGGAAAAACUGCGCAUCGGCUUAUCAGACAACGACUACCGUGAGAUAGUGUUAUGGCUAACAGAGCAGAUAAAGCACCAUACCGAAAUCGACGAAACCGUAUCUUCGGUGGAUGAUUUGCCCUGUUUUGCUCUGGAAAUUUCGUCCUUCCUAAAGGAGUUGGCUUGCCCUUAUCACAGUUUACUGGAGGGACCUAUGAGUGCCAGGUUUCGCUCGGAAUACGAUGCUCUGCUGUUGGUAGAUUAUUUGGUAGGGGAAUGCAUCGCGGGAUUGAUAGGCAAUCAGAAGCGGGACGAGGAACAGCGGGAGUUCCAACUUCAGAUUCAGACUUCUACGCCAUCGAAUGAAUUGCGGCAAAUGUUCGAUCAUUUAAAUCUUGAUGUGCAGAAUGUGCCAUCAAGUGUAGGUGAAAUAUUUGACCUAAUGCAUAAUCGUUUGAACGAGCUUACCGAUGUUCACACCCAAAGCGAUCUACUGUUUCGCCCGGAGACGGAUCUUACCGAUGAUCAAUGGGCUCGAUUGGAUCGGUGUCAUGCAGAUUUACAGGAGGAAUACAACUUACGGAGAGUGAUGAUGACAACAAGGUUGGAUCUAACCAUGGCCAGCUUCCAAUGGAAAGCAAACACCUCGCUGGAGGUAGCGCGAGUGUGUCGACAGAGGAAACGCAACAUCAGUGCCUUGGCGGACAGUCUGAGCAAGCGGGAUAUUUCGGAUUUAUUGGUGACUACACGGGAUCUGUUGCGGCUUGAGAAGGUCACUUCCACACGAUUCAAGGGUAGCCGGAAGAACGUGUUCCAGGGAAAUUUGGUGAUUCCCAAUCGAGGAGGUGUCGUUAGUGUCCAGGCAAAACCGUGGAUGCCCGUGUGGUCCUCCCGAGAGGAAGGUCAACCCUGUGAGAAUCUACGCCAAAAGUACAGAAAACAACCGAAAGUGCAAACCGAGCCUACUAAGGACUAUCAUUCGGGAAAGAAAUCGAAAAGAAAGCAACGAAAGGGCAGUGGUGAUAUUGAAGAAACCGAAUUAAAUUUAGACUGAUACAAUGUAUAAUAUAAUCGGGUGAUCGGGA